UUGUUGCCUGCAAGCUCAGCUGCGUGCAGGACUUUUCUCUCUUUUGCGUGAGGGGGGAAAAAGAUGGCAGGCCAGCUGUUGAGUUUGAAAGUCUUGGGGCUCGCUGCACUGCUGACAUUCCUAGCUCUUACAGAAGUGUCAGGUGAUGUCAAGAAGCUUCACAAGAUCUUGAGAAAAAGAGAUGCAGUGGCAGGAGUUGCUCCACCUGCAACCGCCCUCAAGGCCUCCGUGGCUGUAUCUCCCUCCAAAGCUCAGGAGUUUCUGGCUAAACUAAGCCGAACCAAGAGGAACAUUUGGGACCGUAGCAGACCAGAUGUACAACAAUGGAUUAUGCAGUUUAUGUACAUGGGUUACGAUGAGCAGAGGCUGGAAGCGGACCUGUCCUACUGGAUGGACCACGCACGCUCUAACGACCACGGACGUCAGCAUCACUACGACGAGAACGCGCCCAUCGGUCCGCGUGACUCAAAUUCCUACCGACAUGGCGCCAACGUCAACUAUGACUACUAUUAGCAGCUGGCACGCACACACACCUUCCUGCCGUGAGGAAAAAAAAGACACGCAUGCUGUGUAUUUCUUUUGACAUGCAAAGCAGCUUUGCUCAGAAACACAUCAAACCAGAAUAUAAGGUUAGCACUCUGCCCAUGCUUUUAUUAAAAAUGAAAAUGUUAUCAUGUCAUAUGA